ACUGCGGCAACAUUGGAUUUCAUGUUUGACCUCGAUUGAAGCUCAAUAUAUCAAGCAAAACCAUCUCCACUCUUCGACGAGCACCACAGACGACUCAGUCACAAUGUCCCCUCAAUCCAUCCUCCGCGCCAGUCCCCGCGCUGCGAACAUGAUCAGCCGCCGCAUGUUCCACGCGACCCGAGCUCGUCUCUCGUCGCCGUACCACUACCCCGAGGGACCCUAUUCCAACUUGCCCUUCAACACCAAGACCCGCUUCUUCAAGCUCCGAUUCUGGCUCUACGCCGUCACUGGUUUCGGCGCCCCCUUCGGCAUUGCUUGUGCGUCAUUUCCCCGGAGAUAUCCAGAGAGAAGAGAUCGUGGAAGAACAAUACUAAUGAAAACAAUGUAGUCUGGCAAACCCACAAGCCUAAG